AUGAGCACGACCGACUUGCCAUGCCGAGGCUCAUUCAUGAACGAAAUCGAGAACGAUCAUGAUAUCAGCGAUGACGAGAACAACGAGUUCUUGGACAUAGAUGAUUUGCUCGAAUCGACGUCUAUCAGCAUCGGCCUCAACAUAUCUUCAGGAAAAAACAACGAGUUUCACACCCGCAACGACCCAGCAGCACCCUUUCAACGAUCGACAAUCACCGAGCGGCAAGGAAUAACCCAAGUUCAAUGCUUUUCACGCGAAAUCAUCCAUGGUUACUUGUCGCCCGACGGAAACAACGCGACCCUGCUCGUCUACGAUCUUCAUCUCGACACAACCAAGAAAUCCCGUCGUAUCCGCGAGGCCCAAGUCAAGUUCGAGUUUAGAAGCAGCAAUCCAGGAAGCUCAGCUCCCCAGAUAGAAAAGAUAGCGCCAUACGGAAGUAAAUCUCUGCUGCCUACAUCUGCCGAAGAGUCCAAGACUCUUGGGUAUGGACUAUCAGCUGGAGCCAGCCAGUUUGUCAGCGUCGAGAGCUCCGCAAAAUGGGAGAAGACGGUCAACCAAACAAAAAACGACGCUGCUAGAGGCGCUGGUGGUUUUCUCUGCAAUGACUACGGCAAGCAAGUGGGUGCACAGUGGAUCCUUUUCGAGAACAAGUUAGUAGCUUCGGGCACACCGAGAUUUAUGCGCCUUGCUAUUCUGCUUGACAGGGAAAACGACGAAGAGGAAUUCAAGUGCAAAGUCACUAUCGAUGCUAGUGGGGACUGGAAAACAGUACUGGGAGGAUUGGUUGGGUCUACGCCGCGCGAUGAUCCUAUCCUGUUUGACCCAGUUUUGCCGCCUACGAACAAGCUUCGCAAGGACUACGAUAUCGAGAAUCUAGGAUCUCUAGACUUGGAUGAGUUUGUGGAGAUCGAGUUUGAUAAGCCUUUGAAGAAGGUUGGGGGAGCAGGAGGUUCAGCUUAA